GGAAUUCAGGAGCGAAAACAGUAAGUCUACACACAUCUGAUGUGACACAAACAGCAGAGCGGAUCCUUCAUACCUUUUCUUUUUCCUGUAUAUUUCCGUUUGUGCUCUCCUCAAAUGUCAACUAUAUGUUAACCAACUUCCACCGGUGAGGUAGAUACAGAGUCAUCUAUAUCAUCAUAAGCUAGAGGGCAUGAUGUCGCCCAACAAUAUCCAAGACGAACCUGCUGGUUUAGAAGUUGCUCCAGUGUCAGAUUUGCCAUAUGUAGUGGAAGGACCGACUAUCAUAGAAAAGCCACACCACGGCACUCAGUAUGUGUACGAUCAGCAAAUACCGGGUUUUCAGGGUAUGGCUCAGCAGAAUGCCUACUCGAACGGGCUAUAUUCCUCCCAAGGGUAUCCUAUUCAUAGCCAGGGUCAGCCACACUGGGGAGGUUCUCAAGAUGGGACAUACCUCACCGACAGGACUCUUCCUAUAGCAUCGAGUAGUAAAAGAAUAUGUGGAUUAAGAGUGAAGACUUUCUGGUUGAUAGUUGGCCCGCUCAUUGCCAUCAUUAUUAUUGGUCUGGCAGUCGGCUUAGGUGUGGGAUUGGCUACUUCACACAAUUCGAGUUCGAAUUCUGACGCAACUCCUACAUCGUCACACCCCUCAAGCACGACCGGAUCGGCGUCAAUCGCGUGUCCGCAGUCAAACGGGACGACAUACGAAGGGGCCGGUAACGACCCGUUCCUAGUUCUCUGCAACGUGGACUACAACGGCAACUGGGAAGGCAGCGGAACAACAGACAUUGGCAACGAAGAGACAAGUUCCGUCGAGGACUGUAUUGAUAUGUGCGCGGGAAACUCGACUUGUGCCGGCGCAGGCUGGGGUAACUACAAUGGACAUUAUGUCUGUUGGAUGAAGGGAAAGUUGGGCUCACCGCAGGAGUCCCCGAAUUGGUUCUUCGUGAUUAGACAAUGAGUCGUCAGGGUUUAGGGAAUUAACUACUAGGGAAAGUAUCUAGUAAUGGGCGUCUAAACGGGCUGAUGGGAUGGGUGGUAGCGCUGGAUUCGUUUCGUAUUAUAAUAUGGUCUAUAUUCGGUUUCUAUCUAUUUUCUUGUAUUUAUUAUAUAUACCCUCAAAGAUACCCUCGACAGGGACUUAAUGCUAAGUAAAACUCCUGGCAUAUAGAACCUAAGAUCUGAUACGCCACAUUUAUCUACACAUUGAUUUUUGAGG